ACAAACUACAACUCCCAGCAAUGGCCGGUGCGCUGGUGCGCUGCAGGUCAGCGGAAGCAGAGCAGUGGUAGGAUCCAGCUUCUCGCGCUCAUGCAGAAGGGGGCGGGCUCGGCGCAGGCGUAGCUCCGGCGCCGGGAGGUCGAAGGGGAAACUCCCACCCCUUUUCGCUGAUGCAAGAGGCGAGUGCGGCGCUGGGAGCGGCAGGAGCAGCAGCGGCAUCGCUGGACUGGGGCCUGAAGCGGCGACUGGGCCAUCCGAUUCUCUGUCCGCACCGAAUCUUCUUGAGCUGCAGCCAUGUCCGGGGACGAGAUGAUUUUCGAUCCUACUAUGAGCAAGAAGAAGAAAAAGAAGAAGAAGCCUUUUAUGCUGGAUGAAGAAGGAGAUGCACAGACAGAAGAAACACAACCCUCAGAAACAAAAGAAACUGAACCAGAGCCAACAGAGGACAAAGAUGUAGAAGCUGAUGAAGAGGAUGGUAGAAAGAAAGAUGCUUCUGAUGACCUGGAUGACUUAAACUUUUUCAAUCAAAAGAAAAAGAAGAAAAAAACAAAAAAGAUAUUUGAUAUUGAUGAAGCUGAAGAAGGUGUUAAGGACCUAAAGAUUGAAAGUGAUGUGCAAGAACCAGCAGAACCAGAAGAUGACCUUGAUAUUAUGCUUGGCAACAAAAAGAAGAAAAAGAAGAAUGUCAAGUUCCCAGAUGAGGAUGAAAUCCUAGAGAAAGAUGAAGCCUUAGAAGAUGAAGACAGCAAAAAGGAUGAUGGAAUCUCCUUCAGCAAUCAGACUGGCCCUGCAUGGGCAGGUUCAGAAAGAGACUAUACUUAUGAUGAGUUGCUGAAUCGAGUAUUCAACAUAAUGCGGGAAAAGAAUCCAGAUAUGGUUGCUGGAGAAAAAAGAAAAUUUGUCAUGAAACCUCCACAGGUUGUUAGAGUAGGAACCAAGAAAACUUCUUUUGUCAACUUCACAGAUAUCUGUAAACUAUUACAUCGUCAGCCCAAACAUCUCCUGGCAUUUUUAUUGGCUGAGUUGGGUACAAGUGGUUCCAUAGAUGGUAAUAAUCAACUUGUAAUCAAAGGAAGAUUCCAACAGAAACAGAUAGAAAACGUCUUGAGAAGAUAUAUCAAGGAGUAUGUCACCUGCCAUACAUGUCGGUCACCAGACACAAUCCUACAGAAGGAUACACGACUCUAUUUCUUACAGUGUGAGACCUGCCAUUCUCGCUGCUCCGUCGCCAGCAUCAAAACUGGGUUCCAGGCCGUCACAGGCAAGCGAGCACAGCUCCGUGCCAAAGCUAACUAAUUUGCUAAACGACACUGGAUUUUGCAAAGUAUUUUGGAGAUGUGGCUGGACAGGUUUACGAUCUGAGUGGAUUUACCAUUGUAUUAAAAGCAAGAUUAAAAAAGCUGCCAAGUUCUCGUUUGGCAUUGGGUUGGUUGGUCUAUGAAAUCCUUGCAAGAUGCAGAUCCUCAAACUGUUCACAUGCUCAUUGAAUAUUUUAACAACUGUCAGAGAAACAUGAUGGGAAAAGAGGAGGUGCUUUUUAAAAAACCGUUCCUAGACUUCUGUAAAAUGCAAGAUAAAUUAAAGUUAUUCUAACAGUGACUCUUUUCAUGCCGGCUUGUCCUUCAGUUUCCUUUUUAUAUACAUAAACAAACAAAAAAUAAAACCAUAACUGACAAAUGCAACAAAAACAAUUUACUGUGACCAUGUGCAGGCUCUGACUAAAUAUCUCUGUACAUUCCUAGUAUUGAGGCCUGGAGCUUUAGCAUAGACUUCCAAGAUGCAGCUUCUCAGCUCCUCAUGAGAAGCAUUGACCCAUGUGGGCAGAGGAGUAUGUGAAAGGGAUGGGAGGAGUUUGAAGUCCAUGGCGGAGCUAUUAGCAAACAUUCCCAAUCUGUAUGGGAUGAUCUUAUUGGUUUGAAAUCUCUUUUUAAGAUGUGAGAAUUGUUUACUUUCUACCUCACUUCCACCUCAUGCAUGUGUCCUCCAACUAUGAUCAUGUGGAAAAUGGAAGGAUAAGCUGGUUAAUACCCUGAUCACUUAGAGCUCUCUCUUCCCGGCAUCUUGAGGUUGUCUUGGCAAUACUGAACUUUUUGCUACUACUUUAACUCUUAAGACUCAACAUGGCAUCCCUGGGACGCUGGGUCAAUGUGAAAGCAAUGUACCGUGUGUCAUAUUGGACAGUAUCUAGAUGGUGAUGUUAAGCAUUCCCCCUCCCCCCCCCCCCCCCCCAGUUUGUAGUCUGUAUUCUGAAAAGCCCCAUUGUGAACAAUUGUUUUUGUAUACUUUGCAAACAGAGAGACUAUUGCCAGCAAGCCUAUAACUAGCAUCCCAGGUUUCUAGCAGUAGAAAAUGAAUGUGCCAUGCCACCUCAAGUGGAUUUGAUUAUAAAGCGAUUGUUCUACCUCUAGGAACCAAGAGGAACAGAUGAAUAACGUGCGCCUGUCCUCAUUGGCCACAUUAAUAUUGGUCUGACACAAGCUCAUUGCAAAGAAAGGCACACUCCCCACUUUCUCUCUACCUUUCACGCCCUAGGGUCUUGGAAACCCACCUAAGCAAGUUUUACCGAGCAUGUGUUCUAUAUGAGGCUGUGUUGGCACCCCAAUGACUGAGCUGCGUUAUUUUUAAAUCACUGUGACCCUUAAUUUUAAAGUUCGGGCCAAGAGCAAAGGAAACUUGGCUAAGAGGUAGUGGGUGGACGGGUUUGACUGGCAUGUACCCGUGGUAUCUAGACCCUAGGUAGCCCAAGAUGACAGCUGCUGUGACUACUUGUUUUUGAACUUGACAAAACAGUUUCUAUUUGGAUUUUACUUUUUUUGUAUCUGCACUAACAGUUUCCAAUUUUACUGGCAAGUCAUUUUUUAUUUGAAAUUCUUGACUGCAAUUUGAAAGCAACAGGUCGAAUCCAGGUUUGAGAUUCUACAAAGCAUUUUGGAAUUUGAAGAAAGCUGUAACAAAUGUUGGAUGUAACUUUGAAUAAAGCCAGGAUCGGUGCCUCUUGUGUAACA